UGCAUCAGUGGAAUUGCGGCGACAGCGUUCAACGUCCAAGGUCCAUGUUGUCCUCCUGCAGAGCCUGAGGAACCGAUCUGAAGAAGUUCUCUGUGACAAAUCUGGGUUUUAGUUUGUUUUUCUUCAGUCACGCUGAACAGAACCAGAAUCAGAACCGGAACCAGCUCAUUUCUUGCAGCAACAGAACCGACAGAAACGACUUUAACUGGACCGAAGUGAACAGAUUUGCUGUGUGUUUCCAUCUGACACCCUCCAUACAUUAUAAACUGGUUACAGGUCUAAUACGGUGACCUGAUUCCUUCUGGGGUUUUUCAUCAGUAUGGCAGAACACAGAAGAGAAGAGCUUCCUGAAGAUGUUGAUUCAGACGACUGCUUGGCUUCAUACACACACAUCUACAGCCCAGAUUUACUAAAAGAUCAAGUUGCUUUCAUCACUGGAGGCGGAUCUGGAAUCGGACUUCGUAUCGCUGAGAUCUUCAUGAGACAUGGUUGUGACACGGUGAUCGCUAGCAGGAACCUGGACAAGCUGAAAGAGGCAGCGGUGAAGCUGUCGGCUGCUUCAGGGCGACGCUGCCUCCCUCUGCGGAUCGACGUGAGGCAGCCUGAUAGCAUCGCAGCCGCUGUGGACGAGACGCUGAAGGAGUUUGGCCGUUUAGACAUCCUGAUCAACAAUGCUGCUGGGAACUUCCUGUGUCCUGCCUCUGCUCUCUCCUUCAACGCUUUCAAAACCGUCCUGGAGAUCGACACCAUGGGAACCUUCAACACCAGCAAGGUGGUUUACGAGAAAUGGUUCAAGGAUCAUGGCGGCAACGUGGUGAACGUCUCUGCCACGCUGGCAUACCGAGGCCAGGCCCUGCAGGUCCACGCUGGCUCUGCCAAGGCAGCAAACGAUGCUAUGACGAAGCACCUGGCGGUGGAGUGGGGGCCCAGCGGAGUGCGGGUCAAUGCCGUGGCCCCCGGUCCGAUCUCUGGUACCGAGGGUUACCGCAAACUCGGCGGUCCCGCUGCCGAGGCCGCGGGUUCGUUCCAGGGCGUUCCUGUGCAGCGAGCCGGCAACAAGACGGAGAUGGCCCACUGCGCUCUCUUCCUGGCCAGCCGAGCGUCUUCCUACGUGACGGGCGCCAUCUUGGUGGCGGACGGCGGGGCGUGGCUGACCUCGCCCAACGACGUCUCGGCGCUGCUGGGUAUAGCCGCCUCUAAACGCGCUAAGCUGUGAGUCCUCCUCCUGACCAGGUUACUGGUCGCCAGAAAAGAGGAAGGACAAGUAAUCAGGAGAAAUCAGGACCUUUCUAAAGAAAGAAAAUGCAACUUGUGGACAGUGUUUGAUGUUUAUUAUGCAUUUUGCUGCUUUAGGUUUCUAGUAGAGAAGAACACAAAUAAAUUAUGUUCGUAUCGUU